UAAAACAUUUACUAUGAAAAAGAACUAAGUGAACAACAUGUAACUUAGUACAUAUGAAAGCUUACCGAUUACCAAAUAAAAGAAAAGGGCCAUGCCCGCUUUCAAGUGUAGUUGAUUUUGUGAAGUAAAAGUGUGAAAUCUUGUGUGUAAAUUUCUCUCCCGCAUCCGCAUACCCUUCUUUCUCGCUCAAAUCUCCUCAAAACCCCAAAUACCCAGAAAGAAAACCCUAAUUAUCUACUCUCAGUCGGAGUUAAGCCCGACCCGUUUCGAUGGCGACAAACGGGCCGAAUCUCGAGUGCCGGAUGUACGAGGCCAAGUACCCGGAGGUGGACCAGGCGGUUAUGAUACAGGUCAAGAGCAUGGCUGACAGCGGUGCUUACGUUUCACUCCUAGAGUACAACAAUAUCGAGGGCAUGAUUCUCUUCUCUGAGCUUUCCCGCCGCCGCAUUCGGAGCAUCAGCAGUCUCAUUAAGGUGGGCCGCAUCGAGCCGGUAAUGGUGCUCCGUGUUGAUAAGGAAAAGGGUUACAUUGAUCUUAGCAAGAGGCGUGUUUCGGAGGAGGAUAUUCAGGCGUGUGAAGAGAGGUUCAAUAAGAGUAAGCUCGUUCAUUCCAUUAUGCGGCAUGUUGCUGAGACCAUGAACAUUGAUCUUGAGGAUCUUUAUAUCCACGUUGGCUGGCCUUUAUACAGGAAAUAUGGUCAUGCAUUUGAGGCCUUUAAAUUGAUCGUUAAUGAUCCUGAUUCAGUGCUUGAUUCCCUCACCCGUGAAGUCAAAGAAGUUGGCCCUGAUGGACAGGAGGUGAUGAAAGUGGUUCCUGCUAUAUCAGAGGAAGUUAAAGAUGCUUUAGUGAAAAAUAUUAGGAGAAGAAUGACGCCGCAGCCUUUGAAGAUUCGGGCAGAUAUUGAAAUGAAAUGUUUCCAGUUUGACGGUGUUCUUCAUAUAAAGGAAGCAAUGCGUAAAGCUGAGGCUGCUGGCAACCAGGAUUGCCCCGUUAAGAUUAAACUUGUUGCCCCUCCCGCCUAUGUCCUUAACACCCAGACUCUCGACAAGGAGCAAGGUAUUGCAAUCCUUAACAAAGCAAUUGAAGCAUGCAUGGAAGAAAUUGAACAUCACAAAGGAAAACUUACUGUUAAGGAGGCACCAAGAGCGGUGAGCGAACGGGAGGAUAAAUUACUUGCUGAGCACAUGGCUAAGCUCGGACGUGAAAACGAGGAGGUCAGUGGCGACGAAGACAGUGAAGAGGAAGAAGAUACGGGAAUGGGAGAAAUUGAUGUGGAGAACUCCGCAGCAGGGAUUACAGAGUGAAACUGUUUUCUUUUCUUCAAUUCGGGAAACUUGUUCAACGAUUUUAUUCAUUUUCCUUCAUUUUGCAACCCGCGAUUCAAAUGGUUGUAUGAAACUGAUACUUCAAUACCAGUUCCCAGAUUACUGUUUGGUUAUUUGACAAAGAUCAAUUGCAGUUUCCAAUUUUGGCCAAAA